AUGGAUGCAGAUCUGGUGCAUCUCUUUGAGGUCUUUAUGAGAAAAUUGUGGCCACUCGUCACUAGUGAUGUCAGUGACAAAGGACCCCUUUACCUAAAAUCUAAUGGUGCCCCCUAUCACAACGGAAAGAUCGAUCGCCAGAUCUCCACUUUUGUUGUCAAGAGCAGGGUCCGAGCAGACCAACUGAUUGGCGCCACAGACUUUAGGAAGUGGAUUGUCACAGAGAUGAAGAAGAAGAAGAGGAUGGAUCAGCAGGUGGAUGAGGAUCUGCUGCAGAGACUAAUGUGCCACAGUGACAAGAUAGCAACACAUUGGUAUCUUCGAGAAGACCUGACAGAGCUUGCAGCAAAGGCCUCCCAGCAGAUCCAAACCAACACCAGGUCAACACCUGAGAAAUUGGGGAGAAAGAAGGAGGAAGAGGAGAAGCGAGAGGAGAAGGGAGAGGACAAGCGAGAGGACAAGCGAGAGGAGAAGGGAGAGGACAAGCGAGAGGAGAAGGGAGAGGAUAAGCGAGAGGACAAGCGAAAGGACAAGCGAGAGGAGAAGGGAGAGGAGAAGGGAGAGGAGAAGGGAGAGGAGAAGGGAGAGGAGAAGGUAGAGUAG